UAUGAGUCUCAAGAGUCGGCUGACUUAAGACCCAGAUGUCCAUAAAUAAAUUUUAUAGAAUAAUUAUUGAAGCUCAGAAUUUAUUUUGAAGUAAUUAACUGCCCUAAAUCCACAAUUCGGAACCUAAUCGGCCCAAACCCUUCUAAAUGUUGAAUCUACGAAAACUCAUGGGAUUAAGUAGGUCAACAUAUCAAACGGGGGUCAUAAUUUAUAAAUGAUGAACAGGGCCGGGCCAUCGGCCGUGGCCCCUACACGGCGGCUCGGCCUAUGCCCGUACGUCCUAUAUAUUAAGACAGACACCCACCGAGCUUUCAUUUCUUUGACGACGCUUGUUCCUACUCCAGUUUGGGUUUUCUGUUACUGCAAUGGCGGCUUCUGGGAUGAAGCCGUUGGUGGCGGCGAUUGCUCUGUCUUGGUUUCUAAGCAUGCAACAGCAUUCUUCUUCUGCUAAUGGAAAGCCACAAGUACCUUGUUUCUUCAUUUUUGGAGACUCACUGGCUGACAAUGGCAACAACAAUGUUCUUGAUACUUUGGCUAAAGUCAAUUACCAGCCUUAUGGUAUCGACUUCCCCGGUGGCGCAGCAACCGGAAGAUUCAGUAACGGUCGAACCACCGUCGAUGUUCUCUCUGAACUUUUAGGCUUCGACAACUACAUUCCACCAUUUGCUUUUGUUAAUGGCUCUGAUAUACUUAAAGGUGUGAACUAUGCUUGCGGUGCGGCGGGAAUUCGAAAAGAAACUGGCAAGCAAUUGGGUGCAAGAAUCAGCAUGGGCAGACAGUUAAAGAACCACAAGAUUAUAAUCUCGCGCAUUGCCGACAUACUUGGGAACAAGAGGUUAGCACACAAACACUUGCACAAGUGCUUAUAUUCAGUUGGAUUGGGCAGCAACGACUACAUCAACAAUUACUUCGUGCCUCAGUAUUACCAUACCAGCAAAAAAUAUACCACUGCGAAAUAUGCUGAAGUUCUCAUCAACCAAUAUUCUUGGGAAAUACUGAGGUUGUACAAGUAUGGAGCAAGGAAGGUGGCUUUGGUUGGCGUGGGACUAAUAGGCUGCACCCCAAGUGCAAUUUCUUCCUUUGGCACAAAUGGGUCAGCAUGUGUAGACACAUUGAACAUUGCAGCCCAACAGUUUAACCAAAGGCUUGUAUCACUUGUUGAUAAGCUCAACAACAAUUUGACAGAUGCAAAAUUCAUCUACAUUAACAGCUUCGAAAUGGGUUCUGGAGAUCCUGCAGCCGCUGGCUUCACAGUUUCGAACGUUGGAUGUUGUGCGGUAAAUGAAGUUGGUCAAUGUAAAGUUGACCAUACUCCAUGCAAGAACAGGACAGAGUACGUGUUCUGGGAUGGAUUCCAUCCUACUGAAACCUUGAACCGAAUCACUGCAAUCAGAUCAUACAAUGCUUUUAACUUUGCAGACACUUAUCCAAUGGAUAUUAGUCACCUUGUUCAGCUACAAAUUAAUAAAUAA